AUGGCUCACAGCCCAUUGUUCUCCCUUGUCCCAGCACGAGCCCUCCUCCGGAUACGACGUGUUCUUCCGAUUGCCAGAAACAUACCUUCACGCCUCUUCCACUCAACUCCCGCUCGUCCCACCGACGGAGUCUACAAAGCCCUCACCGAAAUGCGUGUUCGGACUCCCUGGAUUCAAGCUUUGCAAGAAAGAAAAGAGGCGGAGAAUAACCUUGCAGCUCAAGCGGCGGAAUUCCCCAAGCCAGACUUGACGCCGAGGAAGAUGUUGGACAGCUAUGUUAGCCUUGUUCUGCCUUUAUCUCAAGACCCAUGGCUGCUUGAUACCUAUGCCAACUACACGGGACAAAUUCGGACCGGCACCUUGUUGAUGGACUUGGAUGCCUUGGCUGGUGUGGUAGCAUAUAAGCAUACGGGUGAGGGGGUGAGCACGGUGACCGCUGCCGUCGACAGAAUCACCAUCAAAAAUCCGAUCCGGGAAAUAUGUGAUCUGGAGCUGAGUGGACAAGUCACAUUUGCUACUGGAAGGAGCAGCAUGGAAAUUACUCUUCAGAUUGCUAAAGCUCCGGCGGCAGGUCAGCAAGUUGCGCCGGAGGACAUCUUCGUAACUUGUGCUUUCACCAUGGUGGCUUUGGAUCCGCAGACAAAGAAACCCGUCAACAUUGCCCCUCUAGUGGUCAGCACGCCGGCCGAGAAGGCCCUUUUCGCCAAGGGGGAGGAAAACUACAAGAACAAAAAAGCCCUGAAGUCGUUGCAUAUUCUGAGCAAGGCCCCCGACGCAGAGGAGUCGGCCUUGAUUCACAAGAUGUGGACCGAGUCACUGGGCUAUGCGGACUCCAAAAAUCCAAAGCCUCAGCCGGCGAACGUUCUAAAUAUGUCCAAGACGACCAUCCACAGUACUCAAAUAAUGCAGCCUCAAUGGCGGAAUCGUCAUAAUUUCAUGAUCUUUGGCGGAUUUUUGCUCAAACAAACCUUCGAACUGGCCUUUACCUGCGCCGCGGCCUUCUCCCGCACCCGGCCACGAUUCGUGAACCUCGAUCCAAGCACAUUUGAGGAACCGGUGCCUGUCGGAUCGGUCUUGUACGUCGCAGCCGCUGUGUCAUACACCGAGCCCGAUCCAAGCGGUGGAACACGGAUUCAGGUCAUGGUUCGGACGCACGUGCGACCAGUCGAGCAUCAUGACCAAGAAAGAAAAUCAACGGGGACCUUCUAUUACACAUUCCUUUCCCCAGCCAAUAUCAGCGUUCUGCCUCAGAGCUACAGUGACUUCAUGAUGUGGGUUGCCGGAAAGAGGAGGGCUCAGAGAUUGGCGGCGAUGUUGGAGGCCGACCCCCACCCUGUGCUUGCGAAUCUGCAUGGUGAGACUUUGACAGAGUGA